AUGCAACCGAAACGAAGUUUUCACGAAAACAGUAAUGUACAAACAUCCGCCAAAGAGAAGGAAAAUGUUCGAAAGCCUGAAGAUCUGGAGCGAGCCUACGAAGUUCUGCGAACCACGCUUCCCAAACUCUUUGUUGAACCGCUGAACUAUUCCAUAUACAGCCCAAACCUUAUAUUUCAGAACAAUAUUACCGGCAAGCACACAGUCGGUCUAUACCACUUUGUUAAGCAAAUUGCCAUUCUUCGAACUGUGGGUCACCUAAAGUACGCCUACGUUAUGUUUGAGGUUCUUAAAAUUACAAAGCAUCCCGACGAUUACACCGUGCGCAUAAGGUGGCGCGUGUGGGGCAUAUCCGGCCUGAAGGUGAUGUUCCAGUUCUGGAAAUACAAGGUGUGGCAAUUGAAGGAAGUACUGAAGGAUCAGGAGGCAUGGUACGAUAGAUUUUCCAUAUGCUACUUGGGAGAAAGCGGUCUAAUAGAAAAACACGUUGUUGAUAAAGUUAUGCCGGAUGAGAGUCGAGAGUCUGUUGAAAAUGCCUCUGCAAUCACCCUGCCAACCGAGUCCCUGGCAGCGACAGCAUCUCAGAAACUAAGCUGUCAAUAA